AUGAGCAGCUCUACAAUCUCAGACACACUGUCUAACGACUUUGCGACUCCGAUCGCCCAACGGGUGCAACAACGCGGCCUGCUCGCGCGACUUCGGGCCGCAACGUGUUAUGUUGCACUCUUGGUUUCGUUUCUUCAAAUCAAUGGUCUCCAGUUUCUUUUUCUUCCUCUCGCACUUUUACCACCAACACGUCCUUUGUAUCAUAUGGGCAUACGUUAUACAAAGGCAGCCUUCGGCAUUGUUCUUGUGUUCAUGUGCCAGGCUUUUGCACCAACCAAGUUCCGCGUCACCUACGAGAUCUCUGGCUCGUACUCGGAAGAAUGGUUAGAAGUCGACCCGAAGUCGGGUAGUCUGAUGUUAAAGCUUCCGAAGAAGCUGGUAGUCAUUUCAAAUCACCAAAUCUACGCAGAUUGGUGGUAUCUCUGGGUCCUCAGCUACAUGGCCAAUACCCAUGCAUACAUCCUCAUUGUCCUCAAGAGGUCGCUCAAAUGGUUACCAGUACUAGGAUGGGGAAUGCAAUUUUUCGACUUUAUCUUCGUGAGAGCUGGACCUUCAACGAUGAAGACGUUGACCUCACAUUUGUCGAGGCUGGCUGCUCAUCAUGUGACGACAACUGCUGACCGCCCCGAGGACGACGAACCUCUAAACUUCUUGCUCUUUCCAGAGGGUACACUCGUUAGUAGGGAUACAUAUCCAAAGUCGACAAAGUAUGCAGAAAAGAUGAACUUGCCUCAUCCAGAACAUCUACUUCUACCACGAUCGACGGGCCUUCAUACAACACUUCUCGCUCUCUCUCAGCUCCCUUCACUCUAUUUGAUGGAUGUAACCAUGCUUUAUCCCGGAAUACCCGUAACCAAGUUUGGUCAAGAUUACUACACCCUCCGGUCCAUCUUUAUAGACGGUGUUUCACCUCCAGAGGUGGUAUAUCAUAUUCGACUGUACAACGUACAAAAGGAGGUUCCUAUUCGGGCCAAUGGAACUGACACAAAUACUGGACUGACAAUGGAGCAGCGGAAGCAUCUUGCGCACUCAAUGUCCAAGGAUCCAACUAUGCUGGAGAUUGGAGAGGAGGACAAGGUGGUUUUUGAUACAUGGCUACGUGAGCGCUGGAGGGAAAAGGACCAAAUGAUCGAUUCAUGGCUGAAGCGGGGAGGUAAAGGUCCGAUCGCAACCGGUGAUAAUAUCAAAGAGGUUGUUCUCCCCGUCAAACUUCGGAGCAUUUGGGAGCUCGUCGGACCGUUCCUCGCAUUUGCCCCUAUUGCAGUGGCAUAUUAUUCUCUUUCCAACCGAUCUUCAUGA